CUGGAACCUGUAGUUUACGUUUUAUCCUCACAAGUGUCUUGUUGCCAUCAGAAAACGAUUUUUUAUUAUUAAUAAUUAAUAAUUAUUAUUAUUUAUUUAAUAUUUAAAUUAAAAAGUACAAAUACUAAACCGGAUAAAUAUAAAUAAAAAAUGUUUGGAUAUUUAAAAGAAAAAAAAAUAGUCAUAUUGACUAUUUUUGCCAUUUGUCUUAAUACAGGUUUCAGUCAAUUUCAUAGAGCAAGAUUUCAAGAUGCACGACAAAAUUCAAUAGAUUUUAAUCGACCAGCAUUUUCCUCUCAAUCAUCGCCACAAUCACCAGCAUUUGCUCAACAAUCAUCAGGUUUAUGUCCCGAAAGAACUGGAAGAUUUCCAGUACCCAAUCAGUGUGAUGCUUAUAUAGAGUGUGUUGAUGGCGUUGGUGAAGAAAAGUUGUGCCCCGAAGGUCUCUAUUUUAAUCCCGAGGCACGAUUUAAUUACCCAUGCGGUUAUCCCAUUGAUAUUAGCUGUGAAGGACGGCCUAACUUACAGCCAGCUCAGCCUACUGAUGACUGUCCCCAUCAAUAUGGUUACUUCAAAAUCGGCAAAAGUUCCGCCGAUUGUGGACAAUUUAUGAAUUGCGCUGGUGGUGUCGGUUACACGUUCAAUUGCCCAGAAGGUUUGGCUUUCAAUGCAGAAAGUUACAGAUGUGAUUGGCCAGAUCAAGUUCCUGAUUGUGAUGCCGAAGCUUUUUUGAAAUUCACGUGCCCGCAACAAUCAGCCGAUGAAAGUAACCAAUUCUUUGCGAUAAGUGAAGCAAUUAAAUUCUUCAGGAGUCCCGAAGACUGUCAAAAAUACUUUAUUUGUGUAAAUGGUAAACCGCGUCUUCAAAAUUGUGGUGAAGGCAACGCUUUCAAUGAAUUAAUAAACGCCUGUGACGCUGCUGAAAAUGUUACCGGAUGUGAACCGCCAUUUAUACCCAAUGAAGAUGAACCAUCGAGAUUCGAACCACCUAGUCGUUUCCCUAAUGAAUCUAGACGUUCCAAAACUGGACCGCAAGCUGCGCAGAAAGGAAGAGUUAGACUUUUUUAAAUUCGUGAAAUUCAUUUAAUAAAUUAAAUUUUUUUUGUAUAUUGAUUCAUUAAAUAUUUCAUUAUAAGAAACAAAAAA